CAGCAGCAGCAGAUCUACGCUCUGCUUCCUAUCUGCCCAUACCCCCUUUUCUUCCUUCCUCCUCUUCUUCUUCUUCUUAUCUCAGCUCACUUUCUUUCUUCUCUUCUUCUGUAAUGUCUCUCAGCCUUUCAUUUCUCUGGUUCUGUCCCCCCUUCCUCCUCGGCUCUCUCUGUCACUUCUUGCUUUGGUAGUAUUUGGAAGUCAGCGGGUCUUUCCGCUUAUCUGUGUGUGGAUGGUGGACAUGAAAUCCAGCAUAACUCCCAACAAGUCAGCAGGGGUUGCAUGCCAGCCCAACAACCAGGGCCAGAGCAGCAGCCCAGAGACCCUGGACCUCAGCGACGAGACCACCGACACAGAGGACCAUGAGGAGGAGGACCUGGGAGUUCUGGAUGACCAGCGCAACAUCAUGCUUCACCUCUUGUCCCAGCUCAAACUGGGCAUGGACCUCACACGGGUAGUUCGACUCCUACUUUGCCUGUUUGUCCACUGACCUGAUUAUCUGCCCCGCCCUUGUUGUUUGCACCUGUGGAGUCCCUUGCUUUUGUAUAUAUUCUGUGUGUUCCCUGUGUUCAGUGCCAGAUCGUUUUUGAACCUUGUGAAUGGCUUACCUUGUUUAACACCUCAGUAAAAACCUUUUUAUUGAA